GCAACUGACAGCUCAAGAGGCUCGACCCUGCGCUCAUGGCGGGCAGGAGUGCUGACUCCAGCCCGAGGGAGGACAACUUGCGCGGGCGGCCGCGACCGCCCCGCAUUGAGAGUUUGAGAGCGGGUUCGGCUUCUAUUGAAAACCUGUCGGCCAGCAUGGAAGAGCGAGGGAAGGUACAUCAGUCCUCCAGCGCAGUGUCCAGCAGCGUGGACAGUAUCAAAGAUUAUGAAGGACACAUCCUGCCCAUCAAGCUGAUGUGCCAGGAGGUGAUCGAUGGGCAGCUGCGCCUGAGCGCCUGGAUGUCACGGGUGGAGCAGAAGCUGAACCACGCCCUGGAGUCGUUGAUGCCCGGCAGCCCGGGCACCGAGAUGGCAGCUUGCAAGCGACACUCAUUGAACACCAUCAACUCCAGGCGCUCGUCUUCCUCCCCCACCCCGUCAGCGCAGGGUUUCAGCGAGAUAGAGACGAUCUUGGGCGGGAAGAUCAUGAAGGCGAAGCAUAACUGGCGCAAAUCUAGAUCAAACAAAACCCGUGAAUUUGGCAAAGUCAGCCCUUCGGCGCCUUCAGAGCCACAGAAGCCGGUUGCAGAGCCAGCAAAGCCAAAGCCUGCAGAGCUGGCGCCAGCAGCUCCUUCAGAGCCCGCGCCUGAAAGGGUGACCCUGCCGCAUGCCACUAGCAACUUGGAUGGCCUCCAACUCGACGGAGAGUUGAACCAGUUCGGGCGCCAGGUGUCCGUUGCUGCAAGCCGCAGGGACGAGUUCAGCCUCACGGAGCUCUUCCGACAGCGAGAGUCGCAGCUGAUCCCUGCCCCAGGUGGUAGCCCGACAGUGCCAACGUUAUCGAAGGCCGUUUUCUCGGAGUUCGUUGAGGAUGAGGAGGUGCGGGAGGCUUGCGCCAUCAGCUGCUGCUUGGCGCUUUCAGAGGCUUGCACUCGCCUGUGCGGCCUUGCUCCGCUGGUGCAAUCCAGAGAGGAGACGGAGGAGGGAGAGGAGGUGAGGCCCUGGGCGCUGGCCACCUCCAAGGCGUAUCAUUGCGCCGUCCUUUUGCUGGCGGUGGUGGUCUGUACGGAUGCCAUCCUGGGCCUCAGCUCCUGGCAGCAUGUGGACCUCGAUGUGGAGGUCAGCUGGCGCUCGCGGACGUACACGCUCUUCACCGACGCGGCGGCAGGAUUGGGUACGCUGGCGGUGCUGAGCUCCUACGGGGGCUUGAGGAAUUACUUCACGACAGCCAGUGCCCAGUUUGAACUGACAGACUACCUUACGCGCUACAUGGAGCAUGCAGGCUUGAAGUACAGGUGGCGGCAGCAGCGGGCCCGUGAUGUCGCAUCUGCAUUCCUGCUUUGGUCCACUUCGGUGGGGGCCUACCUGUGGUUCCAUGAAGGGCGUUUUACCUCACUCGCUUAUACACGCUUGUUUGGCUAUGCAUUUAGGCUGGCGUGCCUUUUGAGUGCUUGCGUCCUGCAAAUCUCCAAAUGGCGUGGGAUCACCUUGAUGAUCGUGGCUUUCGCUCAGGCGCUCUCAGGAGGUCGCCUAAGCUGCCGAGAGGCCCGAGGCCAUUGGCGAGAGCUCAUCAGCUGCAUGCGCCAGACCUCGCGCAUGCACCAGUUCACCUCAGCCAGCCUUGGCUCACUCAUAGUGCUGAUCGCGUUUGGCACUUUGUUCGACAUGCAGCAGGGCCGCUUGUCAGAGGCAAUGCCCAAUUUGUGCCUUGCGAUCGCGCUGUUUGGUGUCCUCUUCGUGGCCGCCUCGGCGACGGCUCACUGCACGCGCCUGCCCUCCUUAGUGAGCAUGCUGGGCGGGAAUGAUAUGCAAGAGGAAGAGUAUGACAGUUUGGCGCUGUUCCUCACGCUCAGCGAAUCUGGUUUUUUCAUGUGGGACACCCGGGUGACUCUGGGGGUCAUCCAGAAGUUCGUGUACUUCACGAUGGCUAUUGUGGGAACAAUUGGCUUCCAGCUUGGCGUGCUGCAACUCUAACUGCCUUUCAACCCUUGUGGGUUGUGGCUUUGCUUGCAUUCAGAAGGGCAAUAAGUUCUUGUUUUGACUUCUUUGGGCAUGUCUCCAGACGCUGGACUUGACCGUAAGAGUCGACAUCCCCCGAGCAGUUUGCAAGACAGGAUGCCAUGUGCAAAGUAGACAGUUGCUUGCCGUCUAGGAGAGAAAGUGUUUCACCAAACCUGAUGCCCAGUGGGGCCUGUUCGCACAAUCACUGUGCCUCCAAAACAAUUUUGCACAGAAGCCCAGCCGCCCUUGCGAGGCUUGGCAUUUCUUACAAAAGUUGGCAGCUUGGCCAGCCUGUAUUUCGCAGAACUCCUGGGGCGGGCGGAAAUUGUAGUUCC